AUGAUCUCCUCUUCUGUGCGCCGGGCGGCUUUGCCUUCAACGGCCUCACUGCCGUCUCGAGCAGUCCUCCUGGCCGUGUCAUCGAGCAGUCCUGCAACCGGUCCUAGUAGCGGUAAUACCCCUUACCGCCAUCAGCGACGAUACUCGUCCUCAAAGCCUCCGGUUCCGCCAAGUGACGGGUCCAGAGGUAUCGAUCCGCCGGCCCAGACGCCGGCAAAGAGCGUCAGCAGCGGACCGUCGAGCAAGAAGGAUGUAGAGAAGAGAGAAGGCCGGUCUUCCAAGAAGCGUGCAGGGAAGGAUGGCGAGAUGGCAAAGUCGAAGCAGGCGAAUUCUUUGAAGUUGCCGAGUGUACCCUCCACGCAACACUUGCAUCCUCACGACGUUCACGUCGCGUCGUUCUUUUCUAUACACCGACCCAUGUCGAUAACAACCUCCGUGCCUCCGAACAACGACGGCAAGGCCUUCUCGUCCAUUUUCUCGCCCAAGAAGCAAGCCGCCGCUAGACAAAAAGAUGUGAUAUACACCCUCUCGUCUGCCGUUAAUGCGAUCGAGCAGAACCUCUCAGGCCAGCAACAGGCGUCUGUUGAGGAUAUCGACCUUAGGAACUCCAUCACGCAAGCUUCGUCGAUGCACGAGUCAGACAUCGCCCACCUCGACGGAGUGCCUACACAGGAACUACGAGCUUCCAUCCAAGAAUUCGCCAAGCGUCUGCGGCCAUUCAAUCCUCCACCAGCUCCCACUCCAAUGGAUAGCGCUUUCAAGAGCACUGCCAGCAUGGAGUCUGCUGCUGACAAGCCCAGCGCCGUAGAGGCCGCUUCACAGUCCAAGCCAAUUGAACAAACUUUUUCCACCGUCCUCACUAUCCGUGAAAGCCGUGAUGCAAAUGGAAGCAAGUCCUACGUGGCCUUUGCCUCUCCCUUCGUACGCGUGGACGAUAUGGAAGCUCCCUCCGCCCAUGGGCCAACGACAACGCGAGAAACUGUAUACUAUCAGCGUCAGGAGACAGCGGAAACUGAAGAUGAAGAAGCACAAGCACAAGAAAUUGCUAAAAAAGACAAGAACGCUGAGAAGGAAGUUGGAUAA